CCAAGGUUCGAGUGUCCCCGGGGGCCAGGGCCUGGGUGAGGGCGGGCCAUGCAGGAGGCAGAGGAGCCCGCGCCCCCUCCGCGGCAGCCGCCUCUGCCCCCAGUCUACAUCUACAGCCCCGAGUAUGUCCGCACUUGUGAUUCGCUGGCCAAGGUGCCUAAGCGGGCCAGCAUGGUGCAUUCCCUGAUCGAAGCCUAUGAGCUGCUGAAGGAAAUGAGGGUAGUGAAGCCCAAAGUGGCCUCCAUGGAGGAGAUGGCCAGCUUCCACACGGACGCCUAUCUGCAGCAUCUCCAGAAGGUCAGUGAGGAAGGGGAUGACGAGCACCCCGACUCCGUGGAAUUCGGCCUGGGCUAUGACUGCCCCAGCACGGAGGGCAUAUUUGAUUAUGCGGCCGCUGUGGGGGGCGGCACCAUCACCGCGGCCCAGUGCUUAAUUGACGGAACGUGCAAUAUAGCCAUUAACUGGGCCGGAGGCUGGCACCAUGCCAAGAAGGAUGAAGCUUCAGGCUUCUGUUACCUCAAUGACGCCGUUCUAGGGAUUUUGCAUUUGAGGAGGAAGUUUGACCGCAUUCUGUACGUGGACUUGGACCUCCACCACGGAGAUGGCGUCGAAGACGCUUUCAGUUUCACUUCCAAAGUCAUGACUGUGUCUCUGCACAAAUUCUCUCCGGGUUUUUUUCCGGGAACUGGAGAUGUGUCUGACGUGGGCCUCGGAAAGGGGCGGUAUUACAGCGUCAACGUGCCCAUUCAGGAUGGCAUACGGGAUGAAAAGUAUUAUCAGAUCUGUAGAAGUGUCCUCAAGGAAGUUUAUGCAGCCUUCAACCCCAAAGCAGUGGUUCUGCAGUUAGGAGCCGAUACCAUUGCUGGGGACCCGAUGUGUUCAUUUAACAUGACUCCAGUGGGACUCGGGAAGUGUCUUAAGUACAUCCUCCAGUGGCAGCUGGCCACCCUGAUCCUGGGAGGAGGAGGUUACAACCUUGCCAACACAGCCCGAUGCUGGACAUACUUGACUGGGGUCAUCCUGGGGAGAACACUGUCUUCUGAGAUCCCAGAUCAUGAAUUUUUCACUUCAUAUGGCCCAGAUUAUGUGUUGGAAAUCACCCCCAGCUGCCGGCCUGACCGCAAUGAGCUGCACCAAAUCCAGCACAUCCUGAAUCGAAUUACAGGGAACCUGAAGCAUGUGGUUUAG